UAUUAAAAGAACCGCUCUUUAAAGGAACUGAAUUAUCUUAGUGUAUUUUACAUCACAAGCACUCUCGGUCCGUUGGGGAGUCCGUCCCACUGUACUUGGAGAAUGCUGCCAUGCAUUAAUCAUAAAUUUCAUUCAGUUGUGCGACAGAAGUUCCCUUCUAAUGUUUUCUUCAACAUAACAAAGUCCCACGGUAACAAAAGCGCUGAGGCCAGGAUCGUUAAUUGCAAUGUGGGGAAUGCAGACCAGCUGGGGUGGGGGAUCGUGCUCAGUCAAGGUAAAAGGCAAACGGGUAAAUUGUGAAUACGCUCUUAAUCUAACUACAGCUUCUUGAAUUGUGGGAGGCGUGUGUAACAUAACGUUGUUCCACAUACCAAUAUCACUACGUAUCGGUAUCGCAAAACAAAGUUUUAAAUGUUAAGAUUCUGUCAUUCUGAAAAUCUGAGUAUUUAAGACAUUAUGUUACAUAGCGAUUUGUGGAGAUAAAUGCCCUCGGACAGUAGCGUUCAUUUCAUAUUAAGUCUCUUUAAGUCAUUGUUUUAUGUUAUGCAGGAUGAAUGUGCGAAUUUUAAUUAAUCAUCCUUUAAGGGUUAUAUGCUUACGGUGUUGUAUACUAUUCUCGGUGUACAAGUUAACUUAUAAAAGUCUGUUCCUCUAAUUAUAGAAUAUUAUAUAGAAUAAUUAUACAAGAGCUAUAAUUAUUAUGAUGUUAUUAUUUAAUUGUGUGGGCCGUGUUGCUUGAUUACAUUUGACUCUUCGGCACGUGGGACGCUGCCGGUUUGAAAGACGCGGCUUCACUUGUUUUCUGCACCAAGAUGACGAGAAACAAACGAAUUGCAAAAGCUGUCAGCUGGAGCAACGAUCGAUACUGGGCAACUUGGGACAAGUGGAUGGAAGUGAUUGACUGGGAAGAUGAGGAAGAGCUGUGCUCCCCAGCCGAAUCACCCUCUGACCAGGCUGACCGUUCCAUCGUGUCACACACCCGAAAGCCAAUUGCCAAGGCAGUUAGCUGGACGGAUGAUGUGUAUUGGGCAGCCUGGGACAAGUGGGAUGAGAUCAUCUGCUGGGGUGAAGGAGAGUGCUCCCCAGCAACUCCACCCAUCAACCAGCCUGGGAGGGAUAAGGGGUUAGACAUGUAUGGGUUAGAGGUUUUUGUGUUAAAUGAAAGGACAGUCUCCAUAAAGCCUGCAGAUGACCACCAAGACAGGCUGAAAAUAGGAGCCGUAGUGGUCGACCUCUGCCAGUUUGAGCUAGAUGGUGUAAAUGAUAAAUUUGAAAUUGUCGAAAUACAAAUUGGAGAGGUCAAAUUGGAGGAGACUGCAGAGAGGGGUUUUAAUUCAGAAUUUGAAUUGGAAAUUAUGGAUGUGGAGAUAGAGGUUGUAGACAGUGAAUUCCAGCUGAAUGCUCUUAAUUGGGAAAUUGCUGGAACUAAAGUGGACAAAUUAUUAGUGGAACACCUGAACAUAAAUAAUCUAGAAGCAGGCAGUGUGAAGGUGUCCACAUCAAAUGGGAAUGUGGUAUAUGUCAAUGGUAUGUGAGUGUGUUUGGUAAUGAUGGGUGUGAAUGGUGUGUGUAAGUGGUGUGUGUGUGUAUGAGAAUGGUGAUUGAAUGGUGUGUGUGAGUGACAGGUGUGUGAAUGGUGUGUGUGAGUGGUAAUGGCGUGUGUGAGUGAAUGGUGUGUGUGAGUAUAUGGUGUAUGUGAAUGGUCUAUGUGUGUGUGAAUGGGGAGUGAAUGGUGUGUGAGUGACUGGUGUGUGUCUGGUGUUUAUGAAUGGUGUGUGUGAGUGAAUGCUGUGUGAAUGGUGUUUAUGAAUGGUGUGUGUGUGUGAGUGAAUGCUGUGUGAGUGACUGGUGUGUGAAUGGUGUUUAUGAAUGGUGUGUGUGUGUGAGUGAAUGCUGUGUGAGUGACUGGUGUGUGAAUGGUGUUUAUGAAUGGUGUGUGUGUGUGAGUGAAUGCUGUGUGAGUGACUGGUGUGUGAAUGGUGUUUAUGAAUGGUGUGUGAAUGAAUGGUGAGUUUUUGUGUGUGUGUUUGUGUGUGAAUGAUCUGUGUGUGUGAGCCUGCCCUGUGAUGGGUUGGUGUCCCAUCCUGGGUUGUUCCCUGCCUCGUGCCUGUAGCCUCUGGGAUCCAUCUGACCGCCUGUUCCAAAAGGCAAAUUGAUCCCCACAUCCCUGAACAGGAGAAGCGGUUUUAGAAAAUGGAUAAAUGUUCCCAGAGGUGUGAGGCAACAGUGCUAACCACUGUACCAUGCAUAUGUAUAGGAUAUGUAGAAGAAUACCUGUUGCAGUUAUCUGAUGUGUGUGUUUUUCACUCUCCCUGCCGGCCCCUGGAGGUUUGGGCUUCCCCUUUGAGUCUGGUGCCUCCCAAGGUUUCUUCCUUCUAGGGAGUUUUUCCUUGCCACUGUCGCCUAUGGCUUACUCACUGGGGGCUUUGGGUGGGGGUGCUCUAAAGCGCUUUGAGACAAUGUAAUGUUGUGAUAUCGUGCUAUACUUUGUUGUGUAAUUUUCUAUUUACUCAUGCAAAUAAAUAAUUGUUUGAUAACAAAAA